AUGACCGGCCAGGUUCAGCGGGUUCUUUCCGCAGUGAUCGACGGGAGGGCCCAGACCCCACGAUAUAUUCAGAAACAGCUUGCGCAGUUAUACGAUGCGUUGCAGAAAGCGAAACCAGCUAUACACAAUGCGAUCCGUCACGACACCGAAUACUCCUCGGCUGAAGCCGACUCGGAAAUAUUUUUGGCUAUGAAGGUAGUCAAACAGCAAUAUGAAGCCUUUAACUGGGAGGAAUUCCUCGACCAAGAAUACAGCCUCGCCCACAGCAAGGAUAAUCUGAGCAGACGAGUCCCUAUUGGAUGCGUGUACAUUAUUCCAUCUCAGCAUAAUCGGUUCUAUUCUAUAAUCCUGCCGGCAUGCGCUGCUAUUGCUGCUGGAAAUUGUGUCAUGGUCGAGAUCAGCCAGACUCUUUUGCAAUUAGGCGCUCUGCUCCGCAAGAUCUUUGCAGCAUCAAUGGAUAGGGACACAUUUGCUGUGGUUGAGAGUAAGCCUGCUGAUGCUGACCUCUUCAAGCAUUGCAUUGUCGUAGAUGGUAGAGCCGAAUCAACUUCACCCGCAUCCUUCCAAGUCCUUAGCUCUCCGGCUUCAAGGACAAUUGCCAUCGUAGACCGCACAUCUAUAGUCAAAAAGGCAGCACAAGACAUUGUUCGUGCCAGGUUCGCUUUUUGUGGUCGGUCACCAUAUGCCCCUGAUCUUGUUCUGGUGAACGAAUUUGUCUUCGAGGAGUUCUGCAAUGCUGCUGCCCGGCAUGCUACGGAACGAUUUGGCUCGAAAGUGAGCGUACAUUCUAUACGAAGCCUUGAUGAUGCUAUCGAUCUGGUCAAUUCAAGAAGCACCACCCCCCUUCGUGCUGCAUACUUAUUCGCUGUGCCACCUGCAGCAAAAUACUUGAGCCAGUUCAUCUACGCACGCAUCUCGUUCACAGAUCACAUUCCGGCAGAUCUUUUAAUCGGCCCACCCGCCCCAGUUACCUCACCAACCUCUGUGCAUCCCCGCUAUACGAAAGAGAUGUUUUCCACUCUCAGUCCGCAAUACAUCACGCAAUCCUCGCAACACUCUAUCCUAUCUCAGCUUCUCGAUCAAGAUAAUAGGGCGGCCCAAGCCAAGAUAAAUGCCGAGAUAUCGGCCCCUCUACCACCGAUGAAUGAGCCACUUGGCAAAGCUAUCGGUUUCUUCGAGCAAGGAUUAUUGACAGGUGGGGUAGUCGCUAUAGUAUCUGCAGUCACUGGAUUAGCCUUUAUGACCAAAUAUGCUGGUCCUUCCGUCAUUCAGGGGGUUAGAUACAUGAUUGCCAGUUGA